UUUAUUCACUCUUUUCUCGUCCGUCUCUUCUGUUUCUCUCUCUUCGCCGUUGGUUUCACUCAGCUCUGACUCUCAUCCUAAACCCUAGCCUCGCAAUUUUCCAUGAUUCCUCUCGAUCUCUUCCACUGAAAUCUCUCUCAAAUCGAUCGUAUAAGGAGAAUUAUCUGAGACACUCGCGAUGGCGGCUUCCACCACCAGCCAGGUCUACAUCGAUGUAAUCGAGGAUGUCAUGGUCAAGGUCCGAGACGAGUUCGUCAACAACGGUGGUCCUGGAGAGGAAGUUCUCAAGGAGCUUCAAGCUAUGUGGGAAUCGAAGAUGAUGCAAGCUGGCGCUGUGCUCGGUCCCAUAGAAAGGUCCAGUGCCGCUAAGGCAACUCCUGGCGGUCCAAUUACUCCGGUUCAUGAUCUCAACGUGCCGUAUGAGGGUACCGAGGAGUAUGAGACUCCUACAGCUGAUAUGCUUUUUCCCCCUACGCCAUUGCAAACUCCAAUUCAAACCCCUUUACCGGGAACUGGGGAUAACUCAACGUAUAACAUUCCUACUGGAGCAAAUGACUACCCCUCUUCCGGAAAUGAUACAGGAGGAAAUGCUGAUGGAAAAGGAGCAAGACCUGCUCCAUAUAUGCAACCUUCUUCUCCUUGGAUGAACCAAAGGCCUCCACUUGAUGUCAAUGUUGCUUAUGUGGAAGGGAGGGAUGAGGCAGACAAAGGAACUUCUAAUCAACCUCUGACACAGGACUUCUUCACGAGGACGUCAGGGAAGCGAAAACGCAAUGAUUUGACUUCUCAAUAUAAUGUUGGUGGAUAUAUACCUCAGCAAGAUGGAGCUGGGGAUGCUGCACAUGGAGUUUUUGAAAUUGAGGUAAGUGGAGGGGGCAUCUCCAUUAAUUCACAUCACACUAUUUCCAAAGAAAAAAUGUCAGCAGAUUUGGAGAGGUCGACUUCUAGAAUUCCUCAACUUGAUGGACCAAUUCCAUAUGAUGAUGAUGUGCUCUCUACUCCAAAUAUAUACAAUUAUGGAGAAGUGUUCAGUGAAGACUACAACAUUUCUAAUACACCAGCUCCUCCUGAAGUACCAGCAAGCACCCCUGCUCUCUUGGCUCAGAAUGAAGUAGGUAAUGAUUUUGAUGAUGAUGAUGAUGAUGAACCUCCAUUAAAUGAAGAGGAUGAUGAUGAUUUAGAUGACAUGGAACAAGGAGACGAUCAAAAUACACAUCAUCUUGUUUUGGCCCAGUUUGAUAAGGGUUGGAUAAAUAUCGUGGCUCUAAUGGGGUUGUCUUGCUACAAAUUCAGGUGGCACGUACCAAGAGCAGGUGGAAAUGCACAUUAAAGGAUGGCAUCAUGCACAUAAAUAAUAAGGACAUUCUCUUCAAUAAGGCGACAGGAGAGUUUGAAUUCUGAUUUUUGUUGGAGCUGGUGCUUUCGUCAAACAUGAUUCGGAGGUGUCAUUGAGUGUUUCAUGAUCUUUUUUUGAUUAUAAUAUUAUUAGGUGAAAGAUUGAUGAAGAGAGAAAUAUUUUUACCCUUUGGAGACUAUUUUGAUGUUGGCCUCUUGUACAUAGAGAAUGAGCAAUUUUUGGCCUUUAACUGGUGGUUAGAGACUCGGGCAUUUUCUUUAAGCCGACCAUUUGUCAAGUAUGUGGUUUCUUUAGUUCUGUAUACUUGGACAUUUUGGUGAAUUUAAGAAUCCCUUGUAUGAUAAUGAUAGGCUUGUUAGGCCUCGCGUAACUUUUGGACACUAAAAACAGGGUGAUAAUGUUUGCGUGCUGGACUCUUGAAGUUCGAGGGAUAUUCACAUCUGAAACUUUGACGUUAAUACACCGAUUUUAGGGUGACAAUUUUAAGAUUCAAAAAUAUGUUUUUCUA